AAUUUUAUAACCGUCGAGUACUUUUGUAAGUGCGGUGUGUAAACACACGACGGCGACAAUAAAAAUCCGGUCUUUAUCAAGCCACAAUAAAACAUCACUGGCUGUCAUGCACCAGGGGGAACUUUUGUGGAACAGUUCAAGCGUCAAUCAACGAGUAAACUUGACGAGAUAUUUUACUGCUAGCCUGGCCAACUAGACAAACUUCGAGCGAAGUUUUAAUCUGUCCCCGCAUACCCGCUGUGCGUGUGUGAGAAACUGGAGGUGGUUCUUCACCGUGUCCUCCUAGUGCUUGCUCUCUUCACAUCGUCCUGCCUGACUGACACCAACAAAACUGAGUUUAAAUUCCCUUUCUGUUAACAGUAAAGGGUUUUUAUAGCUGUGACCUGAGUGUGCAUAAGUGUGGGCAGUGCCGGUGUUAGAUGGUACAGUUUAUAUAACCGGUAAAUGUUGAUGCAGUAAAAAAGGACUGAUAUCUAGGUUUAUGGUUUUUAGAGCCAAGAUGGCCAACGGGUGGUUGCGAACUGCGUGGGGCCGAUCUUUGGCCCUGUGCUUGUGGACGAUGCUUUUGCUGUCGACCCUUGCGGUGGUGGAUGGUGGAGCGAGGAAAAAACGCCAGAGUAGUGGGGCAGCCGACGAUGUGUCCAAUCAGCCCAAAAUGGUAACGGAUCAAGGGCACCUGACAUUCCAGACGGGGGAUAAUCAUAACAUAACCUUCAAAACAUCAGGCUCAGGCCGUGUGGUUAUGGGCGAUUACGACCUGCUUGCAGUGGUCGAUAUGGUCAAAGAUAAUGCUGCCGCAAUUAAAGAUCUCAAUAAUGCAGAAACACCUGACAAUGUCCAACAGCAACUUGAUCAGAUCAAUGCUGACCUUACCGCUCUCCAAAGUAGAGUGACCGCUUUAGAAGGUCCAGGCUCAGGCAACCUUGACACAAGGGUGGCAACCCUGGAGCAACAAGUACAGGCACUGACAAAUAAUCUGAACCUCAACGAGUGUCAGACAAAUCCCUGCCAGCACGGAGGCACGUGCGUCAACUUAUACCAAGGUUACCAGUGUCGAUGUGUACCAGGAUGGACGGGCACUACAUGUUCCAAUGACGUCAAUGAGUGCGCCACCAUUUCUGGCACAGAAGAUGAUUGUCAGAACUCUGGGACAUGCAUGAAUACCCUUGGAAGCUUCAGGUGUUCGUGUCCAGCUAAUUGGUUUGGCCCUCAGUGUACCAUCAGGUACGACGACUGCAGCACGGCGUCGCAUACCGAUUUGUGCGGCCACGGGUUCUGCGUGAAUGAUCCUAGGGUUAUUACAGGAACGCCGAAGUACUCUUGUGUCUGUAUGGACGGCUGGCAGACGGAUGGAACUAGUAACAAUCCGGCAUGUACAAUCGACAUUGAUGAGUGUAACGAUAGGGACUACCCUUGCUCCUCCGACCCACUGGUCCAAUGUAUCAACGUUCCCGGUACCUACUACUGCGGUAACUGCCCAACAGGUUACACCGGCAAUGGAAACCAGUGUACGGAUAUUGACGAAUGCUUGAUUAACAAUGGUGGCUGUUCAGUGUCCCCGUUGGUGCAGUGUAUCAACAAUGCUGGUUCAAGACAGUGUGGUUCUUGUCCCGUUGGGUAUGUUGGAGACGGAGUGACGUGCAUCUUUGUUGGAAUCUGUAACCAAGACAACGGUGGAUGCUCCUCGUUCGCAACCUGCACAGAGAAUAGCGGUGUACCCGAUGGGCGUAUCUGCACCUGUAACCAGGGGUACACUGGUGACGGUGUAGGCGCCAGCGGGUGCAUACCCUCCUCCGGGGCCUCCUGUCUGGACAACCCCUGCAUCAACGGGCGCUGUGAGAUCUACGGCAAUUCCUACCAGUGCAUCUGUAAUGCGGGCUGGACGGGAGACCAGUGCGGCCAGGAUGUGGACGAGUGCGCCAGCGCUCCCUGUCAGAACGGCGGCACGUGUCAUAACCUCGUCAACGGGUUCGACUGUGACUGCUUAAGUGGGUUCUCCGGGGACCAGUGUGAAGAGUCUCAACAAUCUUGUGGUGGCUACCUGAAUGGCGAGACUGGCUUCUUUGAAUUCCCACCGUAUGGUCAGGUUUAUGACCAUGGACUAAGCUGUGCCUGGGUCAUCACUGUGCAAGACAGCAAGGUUGUCCACAUCAGCUUCACCCGUUUCAAGCUGGAGUCCCACGCCAACUGCGACUACGACUUCUUACAGGUCAACGAUGGCGCUUCGGCAUCCGCAUAUACCCUCGGCCGAUUCUGCGGGGAGGAUGUACCUAUUCCGAUCACGAGCACUCAUAAUCAACUCUAUUUCUGGUUCCGAUCGGACGGCAGUGUUUCCUAUGAAGGUUUCGGAAUCAACUGGUCCAGCGUAGACCCAGACUGCGGUGAGGACCUCAUAGGCAGUAACUACGGCAGCAUCAACUCACCCGGUUACCCCGGCAACUAUCCCCCCAACAGGGAGUGUGUGUGGACGGUCACGGUGGAUGCUGGCAUGUACAUGACGUUUGCAUUUGGCACGUUACAGCUGGAGACUCACGAGACAUGCGAUUACGAUUACGUGGAGAUCAGAGAUGGUCUAACUGAAACUGCCGUGUCCCUGGGAAAGUUCUGCAGCACGCUCACCCCGGCACCUGUCCAGACCACGGGCCCCUAUGCAUUCAUCCGUUUCCAUAGCGACCAAAGUCUGACGGACACCGGGUUUCACAUCACGUACACGUCAAUGUCAAUUGAUCCAGGAUGCGGUGGCGUUCUAACUGAUGAUGAUGCGAUACUGAUAUCGCCUAACUACCCCAAUCCUUACAACCACAAUGCUGAAUGUAUCUGGACCAUACAGAUUGGCGCCGGUGCUCAGAUCAAGUUCACCAUUACAGACCUGACCAUAGAGGAGGAGGACAACUGCAGCUUCGACUACGUGGAGUUGAGAGACGGGUUUGAUGAAACUGCACCGUUUGUCGGACGGUACUGCCAUGCUGAUGCCAUACCACCUCCUUUCGUGUCUUCGUCAAAUAUGCUGUGGGUCAAGUUCGCAUCCGAUGCCUCUAUAAAUGCUGGAGGGUUCAGGGCAACCUAUGAACUGAAUUGUGGAGGAAUAUUUACCGAUCCGACUCAGGAGCUGUUGUCUCCAUACUUCCCCAACUACUAUCCUCUGAACAAGAUCUGCGAAUAUGUCAUCAAUGCUCCCCAGGGUCAGAUGGUCAUCGUGACCUUCAUAACCUUUGACAUCGAAGCUCAUGAAGAGUGCAACUUUGAUUACCUUCAGCUUCACGAUGGAGGUGAUGAGAGCUCGUUGAUAAUCUCCAAGUUGUGUGGAACUGCUCUUCCAGCUGAGGUGUCCUCCACUGGCAACUCAAUGUAUCUCAAGUUCGUCACUGACGGCUCCAUCGCAAACUAUGGCUUCCGCGCAACGUUCAGAUUUGAAGAUGCAGCCCCAGGAGGAUGUGGAGGUCAGUUCACAGACGACGUCGGCAUCUUUGCCUCGCCCCCUCAUCCCGAAGGUUACCCCCACGGUGCUCACUGCGUCUACUCCAUCAUGGUGACGGACGGCUACGUCAUCCGUCUCACAUUCAAUUCCUUCAGCUUGGAGGAGGCCACUGAUUGUAUCUUUGAUUAUGUACAGGUGUAUGAUAACAGCACCAAUGCGCUGUCCCCAGACAUGGGAAGGUACUGUGGUAGUAGCCCACCUCCAAUCCUCACAACCACCGGUAACGAGAUGACCGUCAUCUUCCAUACAGAUUCUAGCAUAGCUCGUGAGGGCUUCACUGCCUCUUACGUGGCUCUCGACGCUACAACAGUGUGUGGUGGUGAGUUAAACCAAGACACGGGCGUGAUCACUUCACCAAACUAUCCCGACGAGUACCCUCACAAUCGCCAGUGUACAUGGGUCAUAUCAGCCUCUUCCGGUCGACAGAUUAACGUCAACUUCACAGACUUUGACAUGGAGCAGCACGUGGAUUGUCUGUACGACUAUGUUGAGCUCAGGAAUGGUGGGUACGACACCUCACCACUGCUUGGUACCUUCUGUGGUAGUAGCCUCAGCCCGACCUCCUACACCUCCCACAGCAACAAGAUGUUUGUGAAAUUCGUCUCAGACUCGAGCCUCGCUGCCCGCGGGUUCUCGCUCAGCUUUGAUGGUACCGCGACAGGAUGUGGUGGAGAACUGACUACUCCAACGGGAAGCUUUGUGUCGCCCAACUACCCUUACCCCUACGGUCACGACGCUGAGUGCUUCUGGCUCAUCACAACCAAUCAAGGCAGCACGCUCAUCCUGACAUUCGCAGACUUCGACCUAGAGACGCACGGAACGUGUGCGUUCGACUUCCUCAAGGUUUUUGAUGGCCUAACUGAGAAUGACGCUGAAUUGGGAACGUUCUGUGGUACAGACUUUCCAGCACCGGUCCAGUCCACGGGUAACUCGCUCAGGGUCAAGUUCCGAACUGAUUUCUCAAUGGCAGGGCGGGGAUUCCAUGCCGCCUACCAAACCAAUUGCGACCAUGUCCGCCUGACCGGCUACAGCGGCGUGAUUGAGAGUCCAAACUUCCCGGGUGCCUAUCCACACAGCCGAGACUGUACCUGGAUCAUUGAGACUACAGAGGGUAACACUGUCAACCUCACCUUCACUACGUUGACGUUGGAAGACCACGUCAGCUGCAGUUAUGAUUACAUUGAGAUUCGCGAUGGUCAAGAGGACGAUUCACCGUUGAUCGGUGACCGGCUCUGUGGCCAGAAUGUCCAGCCGAACGGAGUCUUCUUCACCAGCACUGAUCGCUACCUCCUGAUUCGCUUCGUCUCGGACUCCUCUAUUGCAGAUGCUGGAUUCCAGGCAUCCUACGUUGUCAAUGGCUGCGGUGGUGAGCUGACAGGAAACACUGGGUCACUGAGCAGUCCAAACUACCCCAAUCCGUACGACCACUCUCGAGUCUGCAGCUGGACUAUCACUGUUGACUACGGCCAUUCUAUCGCUCUGACCAUCACUGACUUUGACGUGGAGGCUAGCAACGACUGUCAGUAUGACGCUCUCAAUGUCUACUCGGGACGAGACGAUUCUGGUCUUCAGCUGGUAUCACUUUGCCACAGCCAGUCGUCACCUCAAACCAUCUCUACAACAGGGAGAUACAUGUAUGUUUACUUCCGCACAGACGCGAGCAUCAGCGGACGGGGCUUCUCAGCGACUUACCAAUCUCAAGAUGGCGGCUGUGGGGGUAACUACUCCACGCCGACAGGUGACUUCCAUUCACCGAACUAUCCCAACCUCUACCCUCAUAACACUGACUGCACUUGGCUGAUCACGGUCGCUGAUGAGCACCGAGUGCAGCUCACAUUUCUGGACUUUGACUUGGAGGGAGCAAGCUGUGCGUACGACUACGUCAAGUUGUUCGACGGCCCUUCUCUGGACUACCCACUACUUCUUACCCAUUGCGGUACUGACCUGCCAGUCCCAGCCGUUGUGUACUCCUCGGGGAAUCAGAUGUUUAUCCGCAUGUUGUCUGACUCCAGUGUCGCCUACACAGGAUUCCAUGCCACUUAUGAAACUGCUUGUGGUGGUCGUUUGGACGCUACACAGACCGGUGUUCUCAAGACAACUAAUUACCCGGGUGCCUACCCGGCCAAUCAGAACUGCACCUGGGUCAUUGAGUCGCCCAAUCCUGGGGACCGUGUAACACUCAGCUUCUCCAACAUGGACAUCGAGCAGGCAACGACCGGUUGCGAACAUGACUACAUUACGCUGUAUGAGGGUAAUGAUGACUCUGCCCCUGUGAUCGACCAGUACUGCGGCACCUCUAUACCUGCACCCAUCACUUCCUUCGGCUCGGCUCUGACUGUGAGCUUUGUGUCGGAUAGCUCAGUACAGUUGACCGGAUUUAGGGCUGUGUACUCCACUUCAUUAUCUGUUUGCGGUGCCGAUUUCACCGCGCAGAGCGGUGCGUUUGCCAGUCCCGGUUACCCAGCUAGCUAUCCUGGUGACACCGAGUGUGUUUGGACGAUCCAAUCAUCACCAGGCAACCAGGUUCAGGUUUCAUUUAGUGCUUUUAAUCUGGAAGUGGACUGUAGCUUGGACUAUCUAGAGGCUAGAGUUGGUGAUGAGAAUGGGGCACUGAUCGGACGAUACUGCGGACCUCGCAGGCCCAGCAACCUGACGGCAACUGGAACCAUGUGGCUCAAAUUCGUCUCGGAUCCCUCGGGAACUGGAAUCGGUUUCCUCGCCAACUUCGGACUAGUCUUCGGAGGAGACCUCAUCGCACCAACCGGUCAGAUCUCCUCACCAUUAUAUCCCAAUAACUACCCGAACAACAUGGAUGUGAUGUGGACAAUCUACGUAUCAACAAACAGGAGAGUUCGCAUCCGGUUUAUAGAGUUCUCCGUGGAACCAUCUAAUACUGACUGCAUUUUUGAUGCGUUCCAGGUGUAUGAUGGUGCAGAUUCCUCGUCUCCGAUCCUUCUGUCCGUUUGUGGCGUGGAUCUCCCCGAUGCAGUGGAGAGCAGUGGAAGUGUAGCCACGGUGCUGUUCCGAACUGACUCUUCCGUGACCUACCCAGGCUUUCUGGUAGAAUGGACUGAAGUGUCUGGAGUCCUGACUGUAGUUCCACCUACGCUGCCACCAGGUCAAUGCGGCGCCAACUUGCUUGCCGGAGAAACUGCACAGAUGUUCAGCUCUCCAAACUUCCCGAACGGCUACGCCAACGACCUUGACUGCCAGUGGCUGGUAGAGGCUGACCCGGGCAAGACUGUAAAGCUGCAGCUCAGUGACGUCAACAUUGAGGCUCACACAUCGUGUUUGUAUGAUUACGUGGAGCUGUAUAAUGGUGACACAAUCGACACGGCUACAAGCCUCGGCCGUUUCUGUGGCCGUGUAGAGCCGGAUCCUUCCCCGUUGUACUCUACAUCCAACAAGAUGCUUGCUGUCUUCCAUUCUGAUGGUUCGGUUAACGGCACAGGCUUCCAGGCCAGUUACCAGACAUUCUGCGGCGGUUACAUCUCCAGUUCGUUGGGCGUGAUCACCAGUCCGCUAUACCCAGGCACCUACACCAACAACCAAGACUGUACCUGGGUCGUUGAGGCACCGAGUGGUUUUACCAUCACGGUCAAUUUCUUGUCCGAUUUUAACAUCCAAACCAGCACAAACUGUGUCAAUGACUACGUUCAGGUUUUGAAUGGCGGUGAACUGACCUCUCCCCCUCUUGGGUCAUCUGCAACCGGCCGCUAUUGUGGGACGACGGUACCCGCUGAGAUGGAAACCAGUGGAAACAUGUUGACCGUUCGUUUCCGAACUGACAACAGUGGAGGAGCCAGGGGCUUUAGUCUGUCAUACCUCGCCCAACAACAAGGCUGUGGUGGACAAGUGACCCUGACAGAUGCCAGCUCCAGCAGUGACAUCAUGUCCCCUAACUACCCAAGCAACUAUCCACCCAGCAUAGAGUGUAUCUGGGUUGUGACGGCGCCCUCGGGCGAGGCCAUCCAGAUGAACUUUGCGUCGCCGUUCUACAUUGAACCCCAUGUCAGCUGUGAAUUUGAUUAUCUUCAAGUACUCGACGGCGGUGACCAGAAUUCAAACGAGCUGGGUAAAUUAUGCGGCACUACAGUGCCUGACACCAUCACAACUUCAGGCAAUGCAGCUGUCCUGAGAUUCCGCACUGACUCCAGUGUGGCGCACCCUGGCUUCAAAGUAACGGCCAAUAUUGCUACUUGUGGUGGUACGAUCUCCGGGACUAGCGGAGUCAUCACUUCUCCGAGCUAUCCUAGCAAUUAUGGCAGCAAUUUGGAUUGUAUGUGGACGGUCCGUGCCCCCGACGGUCACUACAUCACGUUCUCGUUCGAUACCAACUUUAAUCUCGUCAAUAGUGCAGUAGGAGACUGCUCCUCAGGCGACGUCCUACGAGUCAAUGACGGCAGAAACUCAUCAGCAUUUGAGUUGGCGAGGGCAUGCGGAUCAACUGCCCCCCCAGACUUUGACACCUCAUCAAACUACGCCUUAGUCCAUUUCACAACAGACGCCUCCCAGGUAGGGGCUGGGUUUAGCCUGAGCUUCCAAUCUAGCCAAGAAGUCUGUGGAGGUGAUUUGGCUACAGCUACUGGGUCCUUCACCUCCCCCAACUACCCCCAACUAUACGCACACUCGCGUGUCUGCGAAUGGCGCAUCACUGUCGCUUCGGGACAAGCCGUCACGCUUACAUUUGACGACUUUGAACUUGAGGGAAACGCGGACAGCUGUAUCUUUGACUACAUUGAGGUCUUCAAUGGAUUGGCGGAUGACUCCCCCAGCUUGGGUCGAUUCUGCGGCAACGUAGCCCCUCAAGGAAUAGCUUCAACCGGUAACACCAUGCGCGUUGUCUUCACCACUGAUGGCAGCGUUGCGUUUGGAGGAUUCUCGGCACGAUACGAUUCCCAGGACCAAGCCCAAUGCGGUGCGGUGAUUAGCAUUUCACCGGGCAGUCAGGGCACAUUCUCCAGCAUCGGUUACGGCAGCCUCAACUACACCAACAACUUGAACUGUCAGUGGAUUCUGUCGAACAGCGCCCUCACCAACUCGUCCCUCUACCUGAACUUCGACGCUGGGUUCGACCUUGAGGCGGGACUCAACUGCCAGUACGAUGCUGUGGGAGUCUUUGCAGGUAGUGACUCUACAGCAGACCCUGUAGGAGUGUACUGCGGAACCACAGCUCCUGAUCCCAUCGUUAUGCCACAGUCAUCAGCCUUUGUACGCUUCUUAACAGACGGCAAUACGAUUGGAGGAGGAUUCAAGAUCACUUAUUCUGCAUCUAGUUGUGGUGGAAUAGUUAGUGGAAGCAGUGGAGUGAUCACCAGUCCCAACUUCCCUCAAAACUACGAUCAUGACGACCACUGUGCCUGGCUCAUUCAAGCUCCAACAGGAACCACUGUCACGCUGACUUUUACAUCUUUCGACGUUGAGACCCAUCCCAAAUGCCAGUACGACUACCUCUCAGUCCGCAACGGAGGCACCUUCGAAUCGCCACAGAUCUCCGGCGAGAGUCCGUGGUGUGGCAGUACGGCGCCGGCAGCCAUCACCACCUCCAGCAACGAGGUCUUGAUGGUAUUCAUGACAGACAGUAGCGAGUCCGCUGGUGGGUUCCGUUUGGAGUGGAGCACGGACGCAAGAGGUUGCGGUGGUAACUUCCACGGGAACACCGGUAACUUCCAGUCAAACAACUACCCCAGUGCGUAUGGAGCUAACGAGGAAUGCGUCUGGGUCCUGAUGGCCGAGAUGGGUUACCACAUUAGGGUUGACUUUGAUGCCUCCUUCAACCUACAGUCUGGCGACAGCAUUCAGGUGAAUGAUGGGAGCAGUAGUAACGACACCCUCAUCGGUACCUACUCUGGAACCACGGCUCCAGCUACCAUCGUCUCUUCCCUCAACGUCAUCAGAAUCAGGUUCCGAAGUGACGCAUCCAACCAAGGCACUGGUUUCCAGGCUAGCUGGUCUAUAGGAUGUGGAGCAACCUUCACCGGUGUAACCACUGGUCGCAUCGUGUCACCGGGCUACCCUGGCCGCAACUACGAAGACGGACUGACGUGUGAGUACAUCAUCAACUGGACCCCUAUGCAGAGUCUGGGCCUGCUGUUCAGCGACCCGUUCGGCAUUGAAGUGACAAGCGACUGCAACUAUGAUGGGCUCCGCAUCUGGGCGGGAACCGAUGAUACCGGUACUCGGAUAAGUAGCAUCUGUGGUGACCAAUUACCAGAGAGCAUCCUUGUCAUGGGACCAGUGUUCAUGAGGUUCUACUCCGACUCCAGCAUCAACGACGUCGGCUUUGGGCUAGACUUUGAACCAGGAUGUGGCGGUACGUUUACUGAUCCGAGCGGAGUGAUCCAGACCCCAACCCAUCUUGAUUCCUACAGACACAGCCAGAACUGCAGCUGGAUCAUCACUGUCAGUGACGACAGAUCUGUAUCACUCAAGUUUUCAAGCAUGGACAUCGAGCCCCAUUCUUCAUGUAUCUACGACUAUAUUGAGAUUUACGACGGAGCGGACUCCAACUCGCCGAUGCUGGCCCAACGACUGUGCGGAACCACGCCCCCUACUGACGCAAUCAUCAGCUCUGGUUCAUCCAUGUUGGUCCGCUUUGUGUCCGAUUUCUCUGUGUCCGGCGAUGGCUUUGUGGCAGCAUAUCAAGAAGUGAUUGGACCAUCUCUUGGCUGUGGUGGAAUAUUAAACGCCCCCACAGGAACCAUUACGAGCGUGGACGUCGACAGCGACGGGAAUUACGAGGACAACCUGGACUGCAUGUGGUUCAUCUCGGCGGAGAUUAACAAAGUUAUAGAGUUGACGUUCACCGGAACCUUCAACGUUGAGGACAGCGCUGGGACGUGCCCAUUUGAUUACCUAGAGAUUCAUGACGGUUAUGGAAGUGUUUCACCGCUGGUGGGCGUAUUCUGUGGACAGACUCCUCCUGCCGUUAUCACCCUUUCAAGCAACCAGGCUUAUCUACGCUUCGUCACGGACAGUUCGGUUAACCAAGGAGGCUUCACUCUUAACUACACAUCAGUAGAUCCUCUUUGUGGCGGAACGUUCAACGCAACCGACGUUGCCCAGGUGAUCACCUCUCCCAACUACCCCAACGUCUACCCUCAUAACAUCCGCUGCACCUGGUAUAUCGAUGCCCCUGACGACACCAAGCAUGUCCGCAUCGAAGUCAACGCGUUUGAUAUUGAGAAUGAGGGCAAUUGUAACUACGACUACUUGGAGUUUAGGGACUUCCCGGAGACAAACGGGCAAACUCUACGAUACUGUGGAACGAACGUACCUCCUGUGUUUGAUACUGCGGGACGUACAGCCAAGAUCUACUUCAUGACUGAUGUAUCUUCAAGUGGUACUGGAUUCUCCCUCACCUAUGCCAUAGCAAAUUGCAGCAAGGAUUACACCGGUGACAAUGGGCGGGUUACCAGCCCAGGCUAUCCUCUGUACUACCACGACAUCCACGACUGUAAGAUCACAAUCACGGCGCCGUCAGGCACUUUCCUUGCUCUCUACUUCACGGAGUUCAACGUAGAGUUCAGUACCGACUGCGUGUACGACAAACUUGAUGUUUAUGAUGGAGUUGAUGAUUCUACACCAGUCCUCUUCUCCCUUUGUGGCGUCUACCUUCCAGAUCCGAUCUUCCUCUCUGCCAACACUGCCUACCUCAAUUUUGUCACCGAUGAAUCCGUUGCAUUCGCAGGGUUUGACCUCACGUACACGUCCAGCACUGUAUCAUCAGGUUGUGGAGGAGCUGUGGGCGGUCGUACGGGUAGUUUCACCAGCCCCGCCCACCCGUUCGCUUACGGUACCAAUCUCGACUGUGGAUGGUCCAUCGAGGUACCGACGGGCGGCAACCAACUGACUCUGGAUUUCACCACGUUGGCCAUCGAUGGAGACGAGGGCGUCUGUAACCAGGACUACCUUGAAGUGUACGAUGGUAGCUCCUCGGCCAGUGGCCUGAUUGGACGCUACUGUGGAAUGACACCACCAGCACAGAUCACAGCCUCUUUUAGACAGUUGUUUGUCCGACUUGUCACCGAUGGUCAGAACCCUCCUCUUGGCAACACCACGCUCAGUGGCUUCAGAGCUGUAUUCAACAGUUGAGCUUUCACAACAACUCUAGAAAUAUGAUUCUACAAAAUGAUGGAAGUUUUCACCUGCAACUAUGAAUUUGGAACUUACACUUCACGUUGUUGUAAGAGUGUGUCUACUGUAUCACCUCUUCCAGUAACCCACCUACGUGUUAUUUUAUAAAAGAGAAAAUCUAGGUUUAUAUUAAAGUACUGAAAGAAUUUGAAACUCAUAAAUAAUAAAUAAAUUUGAAUAAAUAUUGACGAAUGAAGUGAGUGCAGUUGUGAUUGUCAUCGUGAUCUACUAUUCAAGAUUCUGAAGAUAUAUUUUUUGGUAUUUUGCACAAAUUUGAAUCGUUGUAUAAAAGCUAAAAGGGAUUGUCUUUAGGCUGCAAAAGUGUCUUCCGAAAAAAGAGUAGAUAACUUCAGAACAUUAAGUUUUCUGUUCAUGUUAUUUAGAGGGAACCUUAUCCCAAAACCUUUUGUACCUUGUGAUGUUUUAAGGAUGGAGUUGUGGUAAGGUUUUUUUUUUAUUGUGCAGCGACCUCAUCGGACAAUCAAUCAUGAAAUGUACCUCUAUCAUUCAAUGUUAAAGCCAGUACUACAGUUAUCCAUUUAUAAAUAGUUUUUCGGAACAUUCCAUUUGCAUGCACUUUCUCAUUUCUGUUUUGUUUUGGGGUUUUUUUUUUUAGACAUUGAGAAUCAUUUUUUUCAGAGACUGACUUUCAGCUUAAGGUUCCAGAUGAAUCUUUCUUUUUCUGCUAUCUUUGUUUGGAUAAUAUCAAUAACUAUAAAGUGCUUUCUUUUGUUUAUUCUGCAACAUUCCCUGUGAAUUAAGGCUGUGUCCAAAUAGCUUUCCGCACUAAUGCUAAGCUUGUGCGUUUGUCCAUAAUGUAUGUCGACCCGCGACUUAAGCCCAGUUUAUACUUGCAAAUAUUCGUUGCGAGUUUUGUGACGCCAACAUUUGCUUCGCAUUGUUAUUCACAGGAAGCACAUUGUAAGAUUGCGCUUAGUAACACUAGUGGUGCACUACAUUUGGCGUGUCGAUAUUGCAGUGAUCGCCGACAGUUAGGUACUUUAAGCAAAAGUGACAGCAUUAGUGCAGGGUGCUAUUGGCAACUGCAGCUACGGCUAGACUUCCGCGCCAUUUUGCGGUGUAGUAUAGUAUGUCCACACUUUUAGGGACUAGUUGUAGUCGUAGCUGUAGACGCCAACUUGGAUAUGGCCUAAUAGACCUUAUGCAUUGACGUUAUCCUGCCACCAUUUGGAGUUGAAAUGACAAUGAAACAACGAGAAUCGCACAGCUGUGUACGCAUUGCACACAUGUGGGCGACCCAUUGCAAUGAUGCCAUGUGCAUAAGAUCUAUAAAGAGAUAUUUCCCAAUGGAAGGGUAAUUUCUCUCCAAGUUUUGUAUUUGACACUUAUUGAAACUAAGUGGAUAUUUAAAUUGAGAGAAUUUGCCCUAUUCUUUCACAAAACUUUUACAAAACAUUUUUGUCUUACAUUUUGAACCCCUGGCAUCUCGAUGCAACACACGGUUUUGGAUUUAAAUUUGCAUGUGUACUUCGUUUCACAGAAUGCCAUUUUUUACUGGCAACUUAGAAAUUAGUUGCCCGUAUAUUUCCUCAUGUGACAUGGCCAGGGAUCUUGCAAGUCUCGCCCGCAUUCGAUUAUUGGAUUCCAUUAAAGGGUGUGAAACUUUGGAACACAUGGGUGCGAGUUGAUUUUUUCACUUGUUGAAGCAAUGUACAUGGGACCAGAGUGGUCCCCAAAAAGAUUUGAGUAAGCGCGAUAUGUCGCGCGCGUCUUACUGCAUGCAUGUGGCCUAAAAUGAACACUGCUCAAAAUGGUGCCAACGAGAUUUGAAUCCGUGUGAUGACGUCAGGUGCAUCGGGUCAAUGCAAACUUAAAGCCCUUCCAUUUAUGUUGUAUCAUAUCAUGUAAUGGUCCUGCUUGUAAAAUUCUAUGAAGAAAAAUUAGUACUUUAAUGAAUUUUAGAUAUGAAAAAGAUGAAUCCGUAAACAAAUGUGAAUAUUAAUGACUUUAGGUCUCAAUUACAUCCAAAUAAAUAAGAAGUACUCUAGCUUGAUACACAUAUAUUUUUCCAGUAAAUUUUUCAGACGUAGAUUUUCAGAUGUAGUGAAGUAAUUAGCAUUUUGUAUUUGAUUUCUUUGUAUUUUGAUUUUUUUUUUACAAGAUAAAUACAGAGAAUCAAAUUCUUAAAAAUAGAAGUAUAUUAUGUGAUAUAAAUAUAUUAUAUUAAAACUAUGUGAAUCCAAUCAACUUGAUACGGAGGCUUUGAGUGAACAUCUGGGUUUUAAGUUACAAUCGUAGAGAGAUGUCUAACGUAGAUAGUUGAGACACCUUUCCAAGUUUUGAUACUGUGUCUUAUUGAUCCGGGCCCAAUUUUAUAAAGCCGCUAAGCACAAACAAAUAUUGCUUAUCAAAAACGGGUUAUCAGGAGCCAAAAUGACACUAGGUUACAUUGUUGUGACUGGUGGCCCACUCACCCUUUUGCUUAGCAAAGAAAUUUGUCAAGUAGUAUUUUCUGCUUAACAGCUUUUAAUAUGGAAUUGAGCCCUGGUUAGCAAAUUUUUGUGUAUCUGGAUUUUCAAAUCCACUUCAUUUAGAUUUAGAACUUUGAGAGAUGUCUUAAUUUGCACUUAUAACGUCUUUCUUCGAUGAUUUUGCUCGGGAAUAGCGGACAAACUGUGAGGCUGUGUAUGUUUUUAAAAGUGAAAAUAGUGUGUGUUCACUGUGAAAGGGGUCGAUUUCCGACAUCCGUUUCCAAGCUUUUAUAACUGAACCGAGGGAAGUGAUGUUUGAAGCUUUGUAUGGUGUGAAGGAUAAGAAGAAAAUCUAAAUAAAUAGUAAACUUGCGGCUACAACCAUGUAAUAAUUCUCUGAUGAGGGAGUGCUGGCUCUGAAAAGGUUUGGUCUCGACGUUUCGAACAGUAUACUCCGCUCAUCUACAGGAGAAAAUAAAUUUUCCUUGAUUGAGAUGCUCCAAUUCCCCGAUUGGGAUAUUAAAGACCGAAUAUAAUCACCUCAUUGGAAGAAAAUAUUCAACUGUGCCUAAAAUGAUUAAAUAUAGAAGUUUACUUCAUAAGUUUAAAGUACAGAGACAUAUCAAUCAAUGUAUUCAGUGAUACCAAAAUAAAAAUUGUCAUCUUGUUUA